AUGAUUCGCCGCAGCCUGCUAGGCGAUUCAACUAGAGAUGAAGCUACACGUAUCAAUGAAGUGCCUGUUUCACACCGAUGGGUCUUUAUAUCGUCUGAGAUACGUCGCAUAAUCUCUGGUUCUCUGUUGCGUACGCCUACGCUUGCCACAGAUUCCAUAACACCGGAGGUCACAAAGUGGACGCGUAUUCUGUCACAACUUAACGAACGUCUGGGCCGAAUGAGCGGCGGCAAUGACGUUGUAUGCAGCAAUGGUGUGCCUCUAGGCGAUCAAACGGCCACGGAGAUGUUGAAUGCGAUCAACAGCGCGAAGCGCCGUGUGUGGAUGGAGGUGUACAUUUUCGACGAUUCUCCGUUGGCCGCACAGUUCGUACGGGCACUAAAGAACGCCGCUAAGAGAGGAUGUGAAGUCAUACUUAUCAUAGAUUACAUUGGAUCGUUCGGCUUCCCGUCACUAUUUCUCAACGAGUUGUCCAAGCAUGGAGCGCAGGUCAUUGUCUUCAACCCCUUCAUGGAUAGGCAGUUGGCGAUCGGAACUAUGCCCUUUCGAAACCACAAGAAAAUCCUGGUGGUCGACAACGACAUCGCAUUCUGUGGCUCUAUGAAUGUUUCCGUGGACUCUACUAGUUCAAAAAUGGGAGGCAACGGCCGGUUCUACGAUAUCAACCUGCGGAUACGUGGGCCGGCGGUGUGUGAUCUAGCCAAUGUAUUCAAACGCACUCUUGCUAUGACGUCCUACAAAGUAGAAGAUUUACAGCCGUGCGUACCCCCCAGUCCCAUAGAGGACGGUGUCAUCGUGCAGGUCCUUGAGUCAGACAUGUUCCGUCUUUCAAGGCGCAACGGCAUCCAGUCCUCGCUGGCCACAGUCAUUUCCAACAUAGAACAUGCUGUGAAGGCCGAGCAGAACGUGUACCUCACCACCAGUUACUUCUAUCCCCCGGGGUUCUUGCGCCGAACCCUCCUGUCUGCCUGUAAGAGAGGUCUCCAGGUACACAUGCUCCUCUCCGGGAAUUCAGACGUACCUGGCGACAUCAACGCAACGCUGCACGUCCUGCGGAAAUUUUUCCGAAAACGCUUUGAAGGUGCCAAUGACUUCAAGGUAUAUAUGACCACCAAGGAGCACUGCCACGGCAAAUGCGUCGUUGUGGACGAUAUAUGGAGUUGUGUUGGUAGCUUUAAUUGGGACAGAUGGUCGAGUAGACGGAAUUUGGAAGUUUCAGUGGGAAUAUUAGACCCUUCAAUUGCCGUGAAACUCAAGUCUCUGCAAAUGGAGAAAGAAAAGGAAGCUGUAGAGUACACCAGGGCAGAUUCACUAAACCGACCGACGCUUCUAAAAAUCUUCGAUUCACUACUUUAUAAGAUUGUGCGUUUUUCAGGACGCAACUGCUUCGACGGGUUAUCGAAUGACGGGUUCAAGAGCAGGUUUAAGAAGGCUUUUAUCCGCACCUUAAUUGACGAUAAGGCGGCAGAGACCAUCGCAUUGUGCAACAUGGCCGGCGUCUAG